CGUUGUAGUUCAUGGCUACUCCAGAUUCAUAUCGGUCUUUAUGCGUUAAGUUUGGUGUGGGAAAGGCUACUGCACUACGUGCUGUGAGACGUGUGACUUAUGCUCUUCACUGUUUAGCGCCACGCUUUAUAAAAUGGCCAAGAGGAGAGGAAGCCACCCGUGUAAUCGAAGAAUUUAAAAGGGCAAAAAAUUUUCCAGGCGUUAUUGGGGCUGUCGAUGGCUCUUUUAUACAGAUACGAGCUCCUAAAAAAGAUGCAGCUUCUUAUAUUUGCAGAAAAAAUUAUCAUGCCAUUCACCUUCAAGCUGUAUGUGAUGCUCGAAGUCUGUUCACUCAUUGCUAUGCAGGCCAUGUAGGGUCAGUGCAUGAUGCACGAGUGUUUAGGAACUCUCCUUUAGCUGAAUUCAUUCAGAGGCCAGAUGAGUAUUUUCCUUCGAAUUCUCACCUUCUUGGAGAUGCAGCAUAUUCGAUUCACCCACAUGUCAUGGUACCGUUUAGAGAUAAUGGGCACCUUACUGCAAGGCAAAAAAACUAUAAUUAUUGUUUAUCAUCUACUCGCAUGGCCAUUGAAAGAGCCUUCGGACUUUUGAAAGUAAGAUUUCGAAUUUUGCUCGACUGUCUGCCUCUCACUGAUAUCACUAAGAUACCACAGUUCAUUAUUGCAUGUUGUGUAAUGCACAACAUCUGCAUACUAAAAAAUGACAAUGUUGAAGUUGUUGUCUAUCCCAGCAAUGAGAAUGUUGUUCCCAAUAUCAUAGAAGCAUAUGCAGAUUUGGGUAACCAAAAGAGAACAACAAUUAUGUCUGAAUUAAGGAUGAGACUUGAGAAUGAAAAUAAUUAGAUUAAAUUUCAGUUACAGAAAUUAGAGAGGGCUCCAAUUGCCUAUUCCCGAUUGCACACAUUGCUCGUUGAUUGGUCGAUUUAAAAAUAAAUUGGUAAAGCAGGAAAAAAUUACUAAGCACUGACUGAUAUGAGUGGUGUGUGCAAUCGGGAAUGUAGGCAAAUGGGAUCCUCCCCAAAAAUUAUAUAAUUAUAAAUUUUGUUCUUAUA